UCAGCUCCUGCACACGAGGAGGGAGAGGAUUUUUACCUGCACUGAGUUCCCCACCUGGCUCGGGUGUGUGAGGAGCAGGUGAGAAACAGGGGGGAGAAGGCAGCGUCCCAGCCCAGCAUGGCAUCUCUGCUGGACAACAUAACCAGACCUUUUGCUGCCAUCCUGCAGCUGUCUGUGCUGCUUGGUGUAACCUGUGUGCUGCUGAAGGUGCUCCAGUUCUACUGGGAGAGGAAGAAGCUCAUCAAAGCUCUGGAGGCAUUCCCUGGGCCCCCAAAACACUGGCUCUACGGCCACAAUCACCUGUUAAAAUCUGAAAAUUUUUUACACCAAGUAGUGUCAUGGGGAGAAGAAUAUCCCUAUGCCUUUCCCAGGUGGUUUGGACCAAUCCUGCCGUCUAUAAUCAUUCACCAUCCUGAAUAUGCCAAAACCAUACUUGGCCGAGCAGAUCCCAAGGCUAGUGCAGUCUACAAACUCCUAGUUCCCUGGAUUGGGAAGGGGCUGCUGAUCUUGGAAGGAAGAAAAUGGUUCCAGCACAGGAAGAUGCUCACUCCAGCCUUUCACUACGAUGUGCUGAAAUCUUACGUGACCCUGAUGUCAGACUCAGUCAAAGUGAUGCUGGAUAAAUGGGACAAGAAGAUCACAGAGAGGAGGUCAGUGGAGCUCUUUCAGGAUGUCAGCUUGAUGACACUAGACAGCAUCAUGAAAUGUGCCUUCAGCUUUAAUUCCAACUGUCAGACUCAGAGCAACUCCCACUAUUAUAUUAGAGCUGUUUUUGACCUGAGCUACCUCCUGAGUGAUAGGAUCCGGAAUUUUCCCUUCAAGAUUGUCUUCUACGACUUCACUCACAACGGCCGCACGUUUCAGGAUGCCUGCAAGCUGGCCCAUACCCACACAGAUCAGGUAAUAAAAGAAAGAAAGAUGUUGCUCUCCAAUGAGAAGGAGCUUGAAAAGAUCCAGAAGAAGAAGCAGCUGGAUUUUCUGGACAUUCUUCUUUGUAGCAAGGAUGAGAAUGGAGCUGCACUGUCUGAUGAGGACCUGCGUGCUGAGGUGGACACCUUCAUGUUUGAGGGCCAUGAUACCGUGGCCAGUGGGCUCUCCUGGCUCUUCUACUGCAUGUCACUGCACCCUGAGCACCAGCAGCGCUGCAGGGAGGAGAUCCAGGGCAUCCUGGGGGACAGAGACACCAUUGAGUGGGAGGAUCUUGGGAAGAUGACCUACACCACGAUGUGCAUCAAAGAGAGCUUGCGCCUCUUCCCACCCGUUGCUGGUGUGUCCCGAGAGCUCUCCAAACCCGUGACAUUCCCUGAUGGACGCAGCUUGCCAGCAGGCUGCCAGGUUGGAUUGAGCAUAUUUGCUAUUCACAGGAACCGGGAUGUGUGGGAGGACCCUGAGGUUUAUGAUCCCCUGAGGUUUUCUCCAGAGAAGUCAGCGCAGAGGCACUCCCAUGCUUUCCUGCCUUUCUCUGCUGGAUCCAGGAACUGCAUUGGGCAGCAGUUUGCCAUGAAUGAGCUGAAGGUGGCCCUGGCAUUGACCCUGCAGCGCUUCGAGCUCUACCCUGACCCAUCCAAGAUUCCCAUAAUGAGACCACAGAUCGUCCUCAGGUCCAGCAGUGGGAUACACCUGCAUUUGAAGAAGAUUUUCUGA